AUGAAGAUUAGAGGUUCUUCUCUUAAUUCUCCCUCUCUCUCUUUCCCUCUCUCCUCCUCAGACUCCCAACGCUCCCAUUUGUCUUCCUUCACCAUGAAGCUUAUGGACAAGUUCCACUCUCCCAAAAUCAAAAGGACACCCUCAAAGAAAGUCAGUAAGCCACCUUUAGAACUUAGCGUGAAGACGGAAAAACCUGCUAACAAGGUUUGUUAAAUGUCUGAUUCUCCCUCCUACAUAGGCCUCAAGCUUUUGCUGUGUCCAUCUCAUAAGUGCAAUUAGUUGUUCAUUUAUAUCCUACAAGAAACCAGAGAAUGAGACUGUGAAGGCAGUGACAAAGCCUCACAAUAUGCAAUAAUCACGUAACCAAGAUGCACCACCAUGUUCACGGUUGCUCUCACGUUGGCUUCCUUUUGCAGAGUCUGAGUCGGUUAGAGGAGCAUGAGAAAGAAGUGGUCAGUGCCUUGCGUUACUUCAAGACCGUCAUUGACAAGAUGGUGGUGGACAAAAAGGUGCUGGAGAUGUUACCCGGGUCUGCCAGUAAGGUCCUGGAGGCCAUCCUGCCUUUAGUCCAAGUGGAUCCAAGGAUCCAACACAGGUGAGUCUGGCCCAGGAGGAUAUCUGGAGCUCACCCAUUAAGUGUUUUAAGACAACGCUUCAAUCGACAUGAGACGAGGUGCAGCCAAAUGUCAUUUAAGGUUGAUUUAUUUGUAUUAUAGGGUUGAAAUCAUAAGAAACCUUCAAAGCCGAAUACAGAAUCAGUGUUUUUGUCAGUCUGUUAGCCUAAUCUUUCCUCUUGGUUGUUCCCAGCUCAGCGGUGUCCUCUUGUCUGAACCGUGUGUACCAGAGUCUGGGCAAUCUCAUCCGCUGGUCCGACCAAGUCAUGCUGGAGGGGGUCAACCUGGAAGAUAAGGAAACCAUCGUUACCGUCACCAUUGUGAUCAAGGCAGUGCUCGACGGUGUUAAGGUAAAGUUGGCAUACCAAAAAAACAAGCGAACAUGAAAUAUGAGACGUCACAAAUGAUUUGUAACAAUUAACGCAUGUUAUGUUUUUGGGGGAAACAGUAGCUAGUCGAGUACUUGGUACUUUUUGGGUAAGAGAUGUUGAAAGUGGCUGUGAAGUUGGCUAGCAUUUAUUAACUGCACCCGGUGAUUGUCCACAGGAGCUGGUGAAACUGACCAUAGAGAAACAGGAGCAUCCUUCCCCCACGUCUCCUGUCAAACCAGUGCCACCGGCUGCCCUGACUGAGAGGUGAGUGAGCCACAGAGGAUAUCAAUCACACUCCUCCACUUUAACCUGUACUGAACACAUCUUACACUGUGAGGAAAUUGUACACAAUGUUAACAACACAUGUAUACAACUCGUAUACCCACAGUGCUGCAGAGCCACCUGCCAAGGAGAAGGAGAGUCUGGACAAGAGCGCAGCCACGACCCAAUCUACGGAAGUCUUGACUGAACCCACUGAGGAGGAAGCAGAGGAGGUGGCCCCACCAAAACCCCCUCUCCCUGGCGUAAAGAUGUCUGAACACAAGUAAGAGCUCAUUUGAUGGAGAUGAUGUCCCUUUCAUAGUUCCAACAAACAGUAGUUCAGUGGUUCCCAAACUGUGGGGCACGCCUGGGUUGGUGGGGGGAGUAAGUUGAAAGCCUUUUUUUUUUUAUGAACUCAGUUGGCCUUACAACUUACUCUUGAAAGUUGUAAUAGUAGAAUGCAUAAGGUGCAAUUUCGAAAUUGGGUGGUGCAUCGGCAUGAGGUUGCAUGGGUCGCUAGGUGGGGGUCGUUACUACACCAAUAAAUGACAAUAUUCAUCUAUACCUUUGCCACCUAGGAAAUUUGUGUGACCGGGGGGGAUUGGAAGUUUAACCCUUCCUAAGAUCAGUUUGUGAUAAUGACCUUUCCGUUCAGUCAUUGACUACUCUCAGAACAUUGAUGUCACAGCACAAGUCAGAGUCAAGUCUGAAGUAAAUGCAGUAGAGCUCUAGCCACGUCACAAUUCACUGUUUAGCAGAGCUCAGCACACAGCUCUAUUGAAGCCUCCGCCAACAACAAUUUAUCACCAAAAAAAAACGUUCAGCGCCUUCAGGAAGUAUUCACACCCAUUUUACAUUUACAUUUUACGUCAUUUAGCAGACGCUCUUAUCCAGAGCGACUUACAGUUAGUGAGUGCAUACAUUAUUAUUAUUAUUAUUAAUUGUGCGCCGCCCCAUGGGUCUCCCGGUCGCGGCCAGCUACGACAGAGCCUGACUUUUUCCAGAUUUUGUUGUGUUACAAAGUGGAAUUAAAAUGGAUUUGUUCUUUUUGGUCAAUGAUCUACAUAAAAUACUCUAAUGUCAAAGUGGAACAAAAAUGCUAACUUUAAAAAAUAUAUAUAGGAAAAUAAACACCAAUAUAUUUUGAUUAGACAAGUAUUCAACCCCCUGAGUCAAUGAAUGUUAUAUUCACUUUUUGGCAGCAAUUACAGCUGUGAGUCUUUUUGGGGUAAGUCUCUAAGACAGGGGUCUCCAACCCUGUUCCUUGAGAGCUACCCUCCUGUAGUUUUUCACUCCAACCCCAGUUGUAACUAACCUGGUUCAGCUUAUCAACCAGCUAAUUAUUAGAGUCAGGUGUGCUAGAUUAGCUUGGCGUGAAAACCAACAGGACAGUAGCUCUCCAGGAACAGGGUUGGAGAGCCCUGCUCUAAGAGGUUUGCAAACCUGGAUUGUACAAUAUCUGUCAAUUUUUUUUAUUUUUUAUUCUUCAAGCUCUGUGUAGUUGGUUGUUGAUCAUUGUUAGACAGCCAUUUUCAAGUCUUUCCAUAGAUGUUCACGCCGAUUUAAGUCAUAACUGUACCUAGGCCACUCAGGAAUGUUCAAUGUCGUCUUAAUAAGUAACUCCAGUGAAUAAUUGGCCUUGCGUUUUAGGUUAUUGUCCUGCUGAAAGGUGGAUUUGUCUCCAAGUGUCGGUUGGAAAGCAGACUGAACCAGGUUUUCCUCUAGGACUUUUCCUGUGCUUAGCUCUGUUCCUUUUCUUUUUAUCCUAAAAAACUCCCUAGUUCUUGUCGAUGACAGGCAUACCCAUAACAUGAUGCAGCCACCACCAUGUUUGAAAAUAUGAAGAGUGGUAUUUGCCCCAAACAUAAUGCUUUGUAUUCAGGACAAAAAGUUAAUUUCUUAGCCAAAUUUUGUGCAGUAUUACUUUAGUGCCGUAUUGCAAACAGGUUGCAUGUUUUGGAAUAUAUUUAUUAUGUACAGGCUUCCUUCUUUUCACUCUGUCAUUUAGGUUAGUAUUGUGGAGUAACUACAAUAUUGUUGAUCCAUCCUCAGUUUUCUCCUAUCACAGCCAUUAAACUUUGUAACUGUUUUAAAGUCACCAUUGGCCUCAUGGUCAAAUCCCUGAGUGGUUUCCUUCCUCUCCUGCAACUGAGUUAGGAAGGACGCCUGUAUCUUUGUAAUGACUGGGUGUAUUGAUACACCAUCCAAAGUGUAAAUAAUAACUAUACCAUGCUCAAAAGGAUAUUUAAUGUCUGCUUCUUUUUAUUUUUUGUAUUUGUAUCAACCAAUAAGUGCCCUAAUUUGUGAGGCAUUGGAAAACCUCUGGUCUUUGUGUUUGAAUCUGAAAUUUACUGUUUGACUGAGGGACAUUACAGAUAAUUGUGUGUGGGGUACAGAUAUGGUGUAGUCAUUCAAAAAUCAUGUUAAACACCGUUAUUGCACACAGUUAAUAUGCAACUUAUUAUCUGACUUGUUAAGCACAUUUUUACUCCUGAAGUUAUUUAGGCUUGCCAUAACAAAGGGGUUGAAUACUUAUUGACUGAAGAUAUUUCAGCUUUUCAUUUGUAAUUCAUUUGUAAAAACAAAAAAAAUAAACAAAUAAAAAAACACAAUUCCACUUUGACAUUAUAGGGUAUUGUGUGUAGAUCAGUGACACAAUCUCAAUGUAAUCUAUUUUAAAUUCAGGCUGUAACACAACAACAUGUAGAAAAAGUCAAGGGGUAUGAAUACUUUCUGAAGGCACUGUUUACCGCUCAUAACGUUGAAUGUGCAAAGAACAAAGUGCUUGUCGUUCAUCUCUUUACAAGAAGAAAAGAGUGGUAGCUGGGUAACUGUGUGUUAUAAAUAGUCUUGAUUUUUUAGAAGGCUUUAUAGUCUUUGAAGGGUGUAGUAAAGAGAGGUGUCAGAAGUUAGACUUCCGCUGGUGAGGAAGCUGUCGCAGCACCGUCUCUGAGGCACUUUUCUGAGAAACUGGGCUCGGUAGAGGCUGGUGAGCUCACAGCCAGAGAGGGACGAAAAGGGAUGGAAGGUGACCACAUUAGAUUCUAGAGCCCACCACACACACGCUGGACAGCAGCACAUCCAGCCACUUAGAAAUUCGGGGUUGGGUUAAAUGUGGAAGACACAUUUCAGUUGAAUGCAUUCAGUUGUACAACUGACUAGGUAUCCCCUUUCCCUUUCCCUAAAUACAAAAGGCUCUCUGCCUUUCCUUGUGCUCCGAUCAUACAAACACUAACGCUCUGAAUUUCACCUUGCCGGCAGCAGGUGCGAGUAGCUCUCUGCACCAGUCUCUGUGUCUUACGCAGCAGCACACUGCAGAUUUUGUCUCUUUUUUUUUGUUGUUGGUGUAAUUCUUUUUUAUUUUCCUCUUCCCUGGGGGCUGUGUCAUUGACCCUUGCCUUACUAGCAUAGAGGAUAACCUCCUCCUCCUCCUCCUCACCACCACAGCUGCCUGCUUGCCCUGCAUUCUCCACAUGCCCUCUUGUCAUUGGGCCAUCUGUGUGCACUGCGGUGUGGAAACAGUUCAGUAGCUGCUGCUAUCUGUUUGGAGGGGAAAAAGCAGCCAGGCAGUGACACACGCACUACACACUUUUCCAUUGUGCUGCUACUACAGAAGGCUCUCGGAGAGUGUCAGCUAUUGUCCUCCUAAUACAGUUGAAGCCGGAAGUUUACAUACACUCAGAGGUGGGUAGAGUAGCCAAAAAUUGUACUCAAGUAAAAGUACUGUUACUUCAGAAUAAUAUGACUCAAGUAAAAGUAAAAAGUAGUCAUCCAAAUAAUUACUUGAGUAAGAGUAAAAAAGUACUUGGUGAAAAAACUACUCAAGUACUGAGUAACUGUUGAGUAACGUCUGAUUUAUUUUUUAACACAAGACAACAAUCAGACAGACAAAAAUACAAAAUAAUCAUCUUUAGGCAAAUUAUAGUUCAUCCAAUCAAUAAAAUUAAUUAAAAUGAAUUACAAAAUAGCUUAAAUUAAAAUAAUUCAGGUAAAUUCAAGUACUUAAAAAAUAAAAUAAUAAAAAAUAAAAAAUAAAUAAGCACAAGUAACACACAUUUCCAAACCUUUAUACUUUUUUUACCAGGCAGAACUAGAACGAGGCAGCCCAUAAACUCUCAUAAACUGCGUAACGACCUCAUUGUAGCCUAAUGUAGCGGAGUAAGAGUACAGUUUCUUCUUCACAAAUCUACUCAAGUAAAAGUAAAAAGUAUAGUGAUUUAAAACUACUCCUAGAAGUAUAAUUUUUUCAAAAACUUACUCAAGUAAAUGUAACGGAGUAAAUGUAACUCGUUACUACCCACCUCUGCAUACACUUAGUUUGGAGUCAUUAAAACUCGUUUUUCAACCACUCCACACAUUUCUUGUUAACGAACUAUAGUUUUGGCAAGUUGGUUAGGACAUCUACUUUGUACAUGACACAAGUAAUUUUUCCAACAAUUGUUUACAGACAGAUUAUUUCACUUAUAAUUCACUGUAUCACAAUUCCAGUGGGUCAGAAGUUUACAUACACUAAGUUGACUGUGCCUUUAAACAGCUUGGAAGAUUCCAGAAAAUGAUGUCAUGGCUUUAGAAGCUUCUGAUAGGCUAAUUGACAUCAUUUGAGUCAAUUGGAGGUGUACCUGUGGAUGUAUUUCAAGGCCUACCUUCAAACUCAGUGCCUCUUUGCUUGACAUCAUGGGAAAAUCAAAAGAAAUCAGCCAAGACCUCAGAAAAAAGUUGUAGACCUCCACAAGUCUGGCUCAUCAAUUACCAAAUGCCUGAAGUUACCACGUUCAUCUGUACAAACAAUAGUACGUACAAACAUCAUGGGACCACACAGCCGUCAUACCGCUCAGGAAGGAGACGCGUUCUGUCUGCUAGAGAUGAAAGUACUUUGGUGCGAAAAGUGCAAAUCAAUCCAGGAACAACAGCAAAGGAUCUUGUGAAGAUGCUGGAGGAAACAGGUACAAAAGUAUCUAUAUCCACAGUAAAACAAGUCCUAUAUCAACAUAACCUGAAAGGUCGCUCAGCUCUGCUCCAAAACCGCCAUACAAAAAGCCAGACUACGGUUUGCAACUGCACAUGGGGACAAAGAUCGUACUUUUUAGAGAAAUGUCCUCUGGUCUGAUGAAACAAAAAUAGAACUGUUUGGCCAUAAUGACCAUCGUUAUGUUUGGAGGAAAAGGGGGAUGGCUUGCAAGCUGAGGAACACCAUCCCAACCUUGAAGCACGGGGGUGGCAGCAUCAUGCUGUGGGGGUGCUUUGCUGCAGUAUGGACUGGUGCACUUCACAAAAUAGAUGGCAUCAUGAGGAAGGAAAAUUAUGUGGAUAUAUUGAAGCAACAUCUCAAGACAUCAGUCAGGAAGUUAAAGCUUGGUCACAAAUGUGUCUUCCAAAUGGACAAUGACCACAAGCAUACUUCCAAAGUUGUGGCAAAAUGGCUUAAGGACAACAAAGUCCCGGAAGACCCGGAAGUACUUAGUUAUUAUUGCCUGCUUCACAGCGGCAUCAUAAGAAACAUGGCAGCCACAAUGGCCAGGAACGUCCCUGGCUUGAUGAGGCCGUUGACUCUGUUUGCCAGGGGGCAGCAGAUAUGUCGGUUCUCCACCAUAAUCCAUCGUCAAACCGUCCAGAGGUCUCUGCUCACUACUCCUACAUGGGCUUCUCUGUCCGCCAAAGCCUUCCAGACACCCAAACCGAGCAUCCUGCAACGGGUUGCGCCUCUCAUUCCCAGCCUGGUCCAGCAGCCAAUCAGAAACCUCACGUAUAUCAGCCUGAAAAAGGGGAAGAGGAAGUCUGUGAAGUCAGUGGUGAAGAGGUUCAUGCGGCUGCACUGUGGCCUUUGGAUUAGACGCAAGGCUGGAUACAAGAAAAAACUGUGGAAGAAGUUGCCUGCCAGAAAGAAGCGUUUAAGGGAGCAUGUGUUUUGUAACAAAACACAGAUUAAGCUCUUGGACAAAAUGACCACUAAAUUCUGGAAGAGGAGGAACUGGUUUGUCAAUGAUCCCUACAAGAAAUAUCAUGAACAUGUCAACCUAAAAGUCUAAUGGCUUGAAAUGGCCUUCCCACCCUGAGACGUAUGUAAUUUGCAAUUGAUUAAUCAAAUUUCAUUGUACACAGAUGAGAUCAAGAACAUUGUUCACAGCAUCAUUUUGGUCAACGUAGAGUGAAACGCAGAUUUGGGCAAAUUUGCAAUUGAUAAAUCAAAUGGAAAUAUCACUGUCUUUUCAAAGUCGUUGAAUAAAUUAUCGCAAAUGCUUCUUGAAUUGUAUUACAAAUUUAAAUAUAAUACAAAAAAAAUACAUAAGCUAUGGCAUCACAUUGUCUCAUGUGGCUCAGUUGGUAGAGCAUGGCGCUUGCAACACCAGGGUUGUGGGUUUGAUUCCUUACUGUAAGUCGCUCUGGAUAAGAGCGUCUGCUAAAUGACAAAAAAAAAAAAAAAAAAAAGUCAGUAUUGGAGUGGCCAUCACAAAGCCCUGACCUCAAUCCUAUAGAAAAUUUGUGGGCAGAACUGAAAAAGCGUGUGCGAGCAAGGAGGCCUACAAACCUGACUCAAGUAACACCAACUCUGUUAGGAGGAAUGGGCCAAAAUUCACCCAACUUAUUGUGGGAAGCUUGUGGAAGGCUACCCGAAACGUUUGACCCAAGUUAAACAAUUUAAAGGAAAUGCUACCAAAUACUAAUUGAGUGUAUUUAAUUUUCUGACCCACUGGGAAUGUGAUGAAAGAAAUAAAAUCUGAAAUAAAUCAUUCUCUCUACUACAUUUCACAUUCUUAAAAUAAAGUGGUGAUCCUAACUGACCUAAUACUGGGAAUUUUUACUAAGGUCUACUAGAGCUGCAUGCUUGGCUUUUGGAAUACUGGACAGUGGGAACAUUGCACACUGCCUCAUAUUGAAAUUAUGCCCCCUUCUCCUCCCCCUCCAGUCCUCCAGCUCUCCCUCCAAAGAAGCGCCAGUCGGCCCCCUCCCCCACCCGGGUGGCAGUGGUGGCCCCCAUGAGCCACGCCACCAGUGGCUCCAGUCUUCCCAUGGGCAUCGGCCUCCACAAACAGGUACAGUAGCUUUGUUGCGCUGUUUACUUUUUUUGUGCCAUUGUGUCUUUUCAACAAAUGCUCUGACAAACGUGUUGACGAACGCCGUGGCUAAUAACGGGUCUGGUCCCGCUCUCUGGUCGGCAGGAGUACGAGGUGGACGCGUUGCAGCGGCGCUUCUCAGGGGGCAGCCGUUCGUACGGAGGGGAGUCGCCGCGCCUGUCGCCCUGCAACAGCAUGGGCAAGCUGAGCAAGUCGGACGAGCAGCUGUCCUGGACAGUGGACAGUGGACAAUGUUCACGCAACACCAGCUGUGAGACUCUGGGUGAGAGCCUGACACACACAAAACCCAUACACGGACACACGAAAACAAGAAACACACACGACACAAACACAUAAAACGUACAGUACAUGUUUCAGCACUGGCUUCAAAGUGGACAGAUUAAUGUAUUGAUGGUUAGAGAGGAGCCACUAUGAGCCCAGCAUGAGAGGGCUGUCUCUUUGAUAAGGUGUGUGUGCACCUCGGUCGCAACCGGGUCACCACAGGUUGUCUUAAUGUGGCAGCCGCAGUGGAAACAAGCUGCUGCUGAUGCGUGUAAUGAAUCAACAAAUGCCGGCAGGGGCUUCCUGUUCCUGCCGCCUCCAGCAGCACAGAGCGAGGCUUACGAGCUGUGACCACAAUCCUGUGAGCAAAGAGACAAGACACAGAGGCUGCAUCUCAAUAGUCUUUAAGCGGCCUCCUCUCCUCGUCUCCUCUCCUUCAUCUGCACUGGUCUGGAAAUAUCGGAUAGCAGAGGGGAAAGCAAUAUGGUGGAUGCCCACUAGGAAUUUGCCUACUUUUAGCUGUCCAAAUUCUUUCACAUCUGUGCAGAUGAGAGGAAGGAGACGAUGAGAGGAAGCCAUGUGACACUAUUGAAGUGCAGCCUCAAAAAGUCUAAGCUGUAAAACCAUGGCGGUCACAUUGUGGGACCAGGGAUAAGCAGUGAGAGUUGUCGUGGGGAUACCAACGUUGCACCAAGUCAUCCAGUGGCACUUUUCUCAGACGAAGGAAAAGCGAGCCGUGUUGUGCCUUCUCCAUUGUGCCACGGAUCAAUUUCACACACGGUGCUCGAACCUCAAAACCAACGCCUUUGUGAAAUCUGAAUUCUCCCCCCAAUUAAAUUGGUAUUCGCCAAUGUCUUAGUUGUGUUCUUAUUGUUCAGAGUGGUGUUUGUAGAGAAAAGUGCUCAUUAUGCCGAAGUCACAGUGAGGUUUGUUUUCAGUGCUCUGCCCAGUGACUCACCUGUCCCUCUCUGUAUCUUCUCCCCCACCACAGACACCACAGACCACUACGACCCGGACUACGACUUCCUCCAUCAGGACCUGUCCAGCCUGGAACAGAUGCCUUCCCUGCCGGUGGGGGGGUGCCUCAGCCCCCUGCCCGAGUCCCACAGCGAGUCCUCCUCCCCCUCCCCGUGCCCUGGCCCCGUCCCACCACUGGCCCAACCCCACUUCAGCCCUGCUUACCCCUCCCCCUCCCCCCAGCCGUCUCUCCAGGGCUCCUCCAUGUCCCCCCUCUACUCCCGCAUGACUCCCGCCCUGCCGCCCCCCGCCCUGCCGGAAAAGAAGCGCCGCAGUGGCGCCUGCUCGGGCCUCUCCGACGGCUCCUACUCGGGCUCCUCCUGGCGCGUCUCCUUCGAGCGUCACCCGUCCCAGUAUGACAACCUCAUGGAAGACGACAUGCCGCCUGUGCCUCCCUUCCCCCUGUUCACGCCUGGCGUCUCGCCCAUGACCCUGUGCCACGCCGCCGAUGGGUUUGUGUCUGAGUUCAGUGCCAGCGAGACGGCAGACGUCCCCCAGAGUCCACCCCCACUCCCAGAGAAGAAGAGCCGCCACAGUGAGUAUCUGAAUCACAGCAAGUAUUACACAAACUCUGCUGAUACCAGAGUUUAGAAACCCAGGGUUUAGCCCCAAAUACACCGGACUAGGUCGCUUAGUUAUGUCUGAAAAACACAUGCAUGCCUCCUGCUGUACUAGAAUGAUAAAACCACAGAAUGAAAUAUAACUUAUAUUUUCUCUCUCUCUUUAACAUUGGGGUACCUAGUUUUAUCCCAGUAUAAGGUGUGGCUGGCUUCAGACUAGACACCUUAUUCGCCUGGUGUGUCUGUCUGAUACAUGCUCGUAAUCCCUGGCAGGUCUGCCAUACUUAUGUUCCAGAAGGAUGUGAUUUUUCCACCUUGCUCUAAACCCUCUGUCUGCUGCUAGCUGGACCAUCACAAUGUUGGACGGGACAUGCUGCUGCUGAAGAGAGAGCAGUUGGGAGUUCUAUGCUCUUCAUGUUAGUGCUGCGGGCUGGCCCUCGGGCUCUGUGCAUGUGUGUGGAUGAGUCCACAGCUGAAAGUCCUGCCAUCAGUGUGUUCUCACACACACACAGGCCUGGAGGGAAACACUGAUGUCAGCCCUGUGAGCGCACAUGGAAUAAUACCUUUGUUGAUGGAUUGGGUUGGUGAAUAGAGGAGUGGAUUCUCCCGGCCUUGCAGAAAAUGAGCAUGUGCUGAAUGACCCUCUCAGCGGAGGUGUUGAGGGGUGGCCUUAAUGAUGUAAUAAUCAGCACAUUCCCCAUAUGGAGCAUCACUAUAUAGAGCUUACAGCCAGGACCAGCAUGAUUGUGCUGCACUUGUGCCUCCACUGUUCUCAUAACUAAAUGGUGACGGUUUAUGCUAGGGCGGAACCCAUUUAGUCAACUUGUCGAUUGUUUGGUCGACAGGCUAUUGGUCGACUGAGAUAUCUUUAGUUGGGCAGUUGCAAUUAAUUAUAUUUUUUUCAUGGUGCACAAGACACCUGUCGGAUUCGCGCCUGUCUCAGUGGACUAAUCCAUUGCGGAUGGCGCAGUCCAUCACUCUGAAAUUGUAUAUGGUUAUAUUAUGUAAAUAUAAUGGUGCAACGCUAAUAAAUCAAAUAUAAUUUUAUAACAAAUGGUCUUUCUCUCGCGUUGGAUACAGUCGCUGUCCGCGGUUCUGAAACAUAAUCUUCAGUGCGCCUUUCCCUAUGUGCAUAAUAGCAAAGUUAACCAACAUAUUAGGAUUGAGAACAAUGCGGCGGAGGCAGUAGCAGCAGAGACGAGGAAACAGCCCUUGCCUAAUUGUCUAAGAAAAUUGAGGAGAGAGGAAACCCCAACUUAAUUAGGUCUAUAAUCAAUAGCCUAACUGUUAAAUGUGCCUGGCUUUAUAAAUCAUCCAUAUACAGUGGGGGAAAAAAGUAUUUAGUCAGCCACCAAUUGUGCAAGUUCUCUCACUUAAAAAGAUAAGAGAGGCCUGUAAUUUUCAUCAUAGGAACACGUCAACUAUGACAGACAAAAUGAGAUUUUUUUUCUCCAGAAAAUCAUAUUGUAGGAUUUUUAAUGAAUUUAUUUGCAAAUUAUGGUGGAAAAUAAGUAUUUGGUCAAUAACAAAAGUUUCUCAAUACUUUGUUAUAUACCCUUUGUUGGCAAUGACACAGGUCAAACGUUUUCUGUAAGUCUUCACAAGGUUUUCACACACUGUUGCUGGUAUUUUGGCCCAUUCCUCCAUGCAGAUCUCCUCUAGAGCAGUGACGUUUUGGGGCUGUCGCUGGGCAACAUGGACUUUCAACUCCCUCCAAAGAUUUUCUAUGGGGUUGAGAUCUGGAGUCUGGCUAGGCCACUCCAGGACCUUGAAAUGCUUCUUACGAAGCCACUCCUUCAUUGCCCGGGCGGUGUGUUUGGGAUCAUUGUCAUGCUGAAAGACCCAGCCACGUUUCAUCUUCAAUGCCCUUGCUGAUGGAAGGAGGUUUUUACUCAAAAUCUCACGAUACAUGGCCCCAUUCAUUCUUUCCUUUACACGGAUCAGUCGUCCUGGUCUCUUUGCAGAAAAACAGCCCCAAAGCAUGAUGUUUCCACCCCCAUGCUUCACAGUAGGUAUGGUGUUCUUUGGAUGCAACUCAGCAUUCAUUGUCCUCCAAACACGACGAGUUGAGUGUUUACCAAAAAGUUAUAUUUUGGUUUAAUCUGACCAUAUGACAUUCUCCCAAUCCUCUUCUGGAUCAUCCAAAUGCACUCUGGCAAACUUCAGACGGGCCUGGACAUGUACUGGUUUAAGCAGGGGGACACGUCUGCACUGCAGGAUUUGAGUCCCUGGUGGCGUAGUGUGUUACUGAUGGUAGGCUUUGUUACUUUGGUCCCAGCUCUCUGCAGGUCAUUCACUAGGUCCCCCCGUGUGGUUCUGGGAUUUUUACUCACCGUUCUUGUGAUCAUUUUGACCCCACGGGGUGAGAUCUUGCGUGGAGCCCCAGAUCGAGGGAGAUUAUCAGUGGCCUUGUAUGUCUUCCAUUUCCUAAUAAUUGCUCCCACAGUUGAUUUCUUCAAACCAAGCUGCUUACCUAUUGCAGAUUCAGUCUUCCCAGCCUGGUGCAGGUCUACAAUUUUGUUUCUGGUGUCCUUUGACAGCUCUUUGGUCUUGGCCAUAGUGGAGUUUGGAGUGUGACUGUUUCAGGUUGUGGACAGGUGUCUUUUAUACUGAUAACAAGUUCAAACAGGUGCCAUUAAUACAGGUAACGAGUGGAGGACAGAGGAGCCUCUUAAAGAAGAAGUUACAGGUCUGUGAGAGCCAGAAAUCUUGCUUGUUUGUAGGUGACCAAAUACUUAUUUUCCACCAUAAUUUGCAAAUAAAUUCAUAAAAAAUCCUACAAUGUGAUUUUCUGGAUUUUUUUUUCUCAAUUUGUCUGUCAUAGUUGACGUGUACCUAUGAUGAAAAUUACAGGCCUCUCUCAUAUUUUUAAGUGGGAGAACUUGCACAAUUGGUGGCUGACUAAAUACUUUUUUCCCCCACUGUAUAUAUAUACAGAAAUAAGACAGACCUUGCUUCUGUUGCCUGUUUGAGUGUUUGUUUAAUAGUCUACUGAUUCCAUGAGCACCAAGCCUCAUGCAAUGGCAAAAUGUUGGAUAAAGCAAUUUCACAGAUUCAGCUGUUUUUAAUCUUUGCUAUACUGUAAUAAAGGCUUUUAAAAAAAAAAUAUUAUUCAUAUAACAAUCUGGUAUUACAUAGAAUUUAAUUAGCUACACUGUUCCAAACAGGCAGAAAAAUUAUAUUGUAAUCUAACAGCACCUGUUUGUCACACAUAAUAUGCACUCAGCUCUAACUCCUAUACCCUCCUUUUUCUUGAUCUCCAGUUUCCACAACUAAGUCAAAUGUCUUCCACAGAUCUGACUUCCCCUUUCCCUCCUGAGCAACCAGUAAACAUUCGCCCGUUUAUUUUUCAUGUCCUCCGCAUCCAUUUUGCUGUCACGUGUUAGUGUUCGGAGCUUGUUAUAACCAAUUUAUUGAUGUGAUUAUGAUAGGCUAUAGGUCAGGCCCUAUUGGUCACAUGCAUGCGAUGCUUACAUGUUUCACGUAAAGAGAGCAAGGGUUGAGGGAAUAGGGAAUGUGUUUCCUAAACACAUUUUGGAUUUCGGUAACAGAACUUUUCAGUAAGAAACUAAAUGGCUGAAAUGAUGUUGCAGCUUCAGCACGGACAGCGUAAUAAACACUUCCUGUGCUGUGGUGCCUUUUCGCUGCAGUAGGGAGGAGAGCGAGACAACGUGCGCCAAUCACACAGGCCCUUGCUGUCUUUUUUUUUUAACACAGUGAGUCUUUCUUGAGUCAUUUGUGUGUCUUAAUUAUUUAAUCAAACAGUGUGCUUAAAGCAUCAGACAAGCUCAGUUUCAACAUUUCGACCAAUCGAUUAUUUUUGGGUCGGGACAGCCCUCAUUUCCCCCAAAACACGGUUUUCUUGUUUUCAAAUGGAGCUGUUUUGAAUUUAAUUCACUUAAUGAACUCCUAAUGCCAUUCUUCAUUCAACUUUCAUUUUCCAAUGUUAGAAUUUAUGUGAUAGAGAGAAGUGCUCAGUUUUAAACCAACGUUUGACAUGUAGAUAUGUAUAUUAAAAACCACUGCUCGCCUAGGCACUUAAACAAUGUUAUACGGUUUGAGAUACUCAGAAGAACACUAUCAUUAUCAUCUGCUAGCGCAUUGUCAUUAUUUAUUUUUUGUGUGUGCGCAUCUCGCCCCCACAGUACUGAAGUACAUGCAGUUUGUGGAGGACUACUCGGAGCCCCAGCCCUCAGUGUUCUACCAAACACCGCAGAGCGAGAGCAUCUACGAGCAACGCAACAAGCGCUUCCAGGAAGUCUACGGCUUCAACGACUCGUAUAGCAGCAGCGACUCUGUUCACGAGCCCCUCCCACCCCCGGCACUGCCACCCAAACAGAGGCAGCUGGUGAGCUACAGCCCAACAACUCACCUCACACACUGAAGUCACACCGAGGCCUCACACCCACCAGUAGCACAGCAUACAGUACACCAGCCCACCCACACACCUUGAACAUGCACAUCCAUCGCUUACUAUGCCUUUUAGCCCAAUACAUAUACAUUUAAAGAAACUCAUUUUCUCAUCAUAUAUUGUUCCAAGUCUGUAGGAUGGAGUGGCGAGUGAGUUCAUAAUGUUUUAGCCCAUCCAUAUAUAAUAGAAGAAGAAAAGCAGGGUAAAUUGGAAGUCCUGAACAUCCAAAUGACAAGCAAUGCUGCAGAGCCCUUGGUAGUGGUAGCACAUUUCCCAACUCUACUUCUAUACAUAAAAAUCCAUUUCAAUACUUUUUCAGCAUCAGAAUUACAAUCAGUGCUAUGGUAGAAUUGAAAUUGCUAGAAUUUCUGUCACAGAAAAAAAUGUACCCCGAUGGCAUAUGACGAUUGGCCUUUUGUACAGACUAGUUCAACACCCUCCAUGACGUCCCAUCUUACAUCCCACCACAGUGCUUGCCUUUGUUUUCAUAGUUAUUGCCAUUGUUGUGAUUGUUUGAGACCUCUGCAAGGCUGUAUUAGUUCACUUCCCAGAUUAAAUUCAAUGCCAUAAUCUCUGUACCAGACAUUCAUGGUUGGAAAAAGUAAUUUGCUCUGCAGUUAAAAAAAAAAAAAAAUGAAACUGAUAUAAAUGAGUAAAUCCAUGCUCAAGGUUUAUCCACGAUUACGAAUAUUUUUUACGUACUGUAUCUAAAGCAGAUCAAAAUGUGAGAAACAUUUCUGCAGGUUUUUUCCCUGUUAUUUGGUCUUGGGGAUUACUGCAUCCGAGUACAUAUUGGGUGUGGAUUAAGACUAAUCACAUCACAGAAUUAUCUCGGGAGCAGGGAAAGAAAACAAGGAUUGGUUUGAAGCUAUAGAUGUAGCGAUGGAGAGGAAAGGGUGUUUGGGUUUCAUGUAAUCAAAAAUGUGUUUCUGGGCUGGCUGUUGAUAAGUCAUGUGUACUUUCUGAUUGCCGGAAUGAAUAGACUUCUACCUGAGCAGAAAGCCCACCUAUGUCUGGUCCAAAACUGAGAAAGUAGCUAGUUAUGUACAUUUAGGCCAGUCACGUGCUUUGCACAGUAUGUAGACAUAGCUUGAACUGCAACAGUAAUUAUUUGGUCAAUUAUAUACACAAUAUAUAGGAUAUGGAAUCCAAGCUAAAGUGGUUAAAUUGCUGUCCAAUAACCAGCCGAGUGUGAAAAUUGUGUGGUCGAUGAAUCUCAUUUAGGCCUAGCUUUCUCUGGUAAAGCUUGUGGUGUUGCUCGCAGUCGGCUACAUGUGGUCUCGGGUCUGAAAUGUAAUGUAUGAGGUAGAGAACGUUUCUACGUUUUCCUUUUUGAAAUUACAUUGUGUUCAAAUUUGCUUUUGAUUUACUGUCCAAUUUCUUCAGUUUUUUUUGCUUAAUUUUCCAUUGCACUCAUCAAAUCUCAUUCCUUUUUUCUUUCUGGAAGCCCACUCUCCAUCAUAGCGAUUCAUAAUACUGAGGUAACAGUAGAAUAUUAGAGAACGCUUAGGACUACUGUGAUUCUAUUAACACUUUGUCUGCUGUAACAUUAUUUUAGUCCAUCAAGCCUCUUCUUUCCUGCUGCUUCUAUUGUGUGCUUAACUAUCUACGUAGACCUACGUCUUCUUUUGUUAACUAACAUCUCCCACUGCACUUUAUCUCUGAGCCUCUCUCCCUCUACUUCCUUCCCCCACGAUCUCCUCCCCCCCCCCCCCCCCCCCCCCUCCAGGCCUCCCAUUCAGCGUCUCCCUCUUCCUCGUCCUCAUCCUCUCUCUCCUGCCACCUCCAGCAGUCGCAGGCUGCGGUGGUGGAGGAGGCGGGGUCUGCGCUCAGCAUGUCCGUCUCUAACUCCUUCCUGAGCCGCCAGGCCUCCUCGACCACCCCCAUGGUGAGUGACACUCAAUGGGCCUGUGUCUGUCUGUCUGUCUCUAUCUCUGCUCACUCUCUACAGUACUUGGCUUCAAAUAGUGUUUUUCUUUCUAUGACUUUUUCUUUCUAUGACCAGGGUUCAACUAGUAUAAACCAAUACUAGUUGAACCCUGGUCUGCUCCACCACAGACUCUGCUUCUGCUUUAGAACUAAUAACAACAAUCCAACAAGUUAUUUUAUUAGCCGUUGUACAUGAUGUGUUCGGUUACUGAUAAGGGAGUAUCUUGGGCAAAAAACACACACACACUGACAAACCUACUUUCAUUCGCCACCCUCAGCCAGACCUCUCAAUGUUUACACACUCCAAAUGACAAUCUCUGUCAGAGAGAAAGCAUGCACUUAACAUGGGUUUUUUCAUCCAGUGUUUGUGAAAUUUGUCACGUACAAAGCAUACAAAUCAAAGAGUGCAUGUUUCAGACCAGUAUGAAUAUUACAGUUAUUUGAAUCAACUGAUGUCGAUCCUUUAAAACUAGUGCUUGAACCCCAUCCAUAAUUAUUAUGAUACAAACCUAUCAAAUGCAUGUUCAGUAUUAUUUUCUGUCUAAUUAUUUAAUUUUGGAGCAAUGAUGAGGACUUGUUCUUGCUGAAUAACGGUUUAUCCUUGUUGCACCAUUUUGACUUGGUUGCAAUUAAAUAUUGGGAUAUUCAACAGAUCUGAGUUACAACAAGCACAUUUUGUGAAUAUGUAAUUUUGAAGAGACUGAGUUGGAUUAGGAAUUCUAGUCACUGACUAACCAGUCAUAUACACAAUAUAGCCUACAGUCAUAUUGUUCUCUGAUGGCAAGAAUGCCAAUGCUUCUUUCUUCAAUUCUUUUUUUCCAAAUGUUUUACUCUUUAACCUUCUACAUCUCUCAAGUAGGUUUGAACCUAAUCUCUCUUUCUCUUUCCCUCUUUUCUCGCCCUCGCUCACUCAGCAUAAGACAAUUAUCCGGUCCUAUUCUCAGGACUUUGCGCCUCUCUGCCAGUCUUCCAUUCCAUAUCUCCUCUCAUCUGUCUCUUCCCACUCUCCCAUUGUCCACCAAUCGCAGAGCAUGGACCUAGCUGCCCCAGGCACUGGCAGCCCUGACCCUGUGCUGGUGGCCAACGGCUCACUGGACAGCUCUGGUGGCUCUCUUGCAGUCUGCCUUCCCACUGACUCUUCUUUCUCUGACACUCGUCAAACCUCUUUGGUGAGCCCUAGCUGUGUGUUGUGACAAGCGUUUGGCACUGUGCGAGAAGAAAAUGGGAUUGUCUAUGAAGCGUUCGAUGGGCGGGGAGUGGGGAGGGAGGGUGUUUUCUACAUUUUUACAUUUUAGUCAUUUAGCAGACGCUCUUAUCCAGAGCGACUUACAGUUAGUGAGUGCAUACAUUUUUCAUACUGGCCCCCCGUGGGAAUCGAACCCACAACCCUGGCGUUGCAAGCGCCUUGCUCUACCAACUGAGCUGGAGUAAGAGCAGAGCUGGAGUAAGUUACAAAAUUGUUUCAAUGUCAGGAACGUGAUGUUCUUAUCCUUGAAAAUAGGCCAAGCCUUAAGUAAAAAACAGGCUGUAGCCUAUGUAUGCUGAGGUGAUUGGAACAAUUGGUUCUUAGUGGUUUCACUUGAGAUUAUAUAGCUACUUGUUUGUUUUGUCCAGUUUACUGCGAGCAGCUUUCACAUUCGCAGUAUACUUCUUUUUUUUUUUUUUUACCACAUUUGCUUUUUCCCUAGCAUCUGUCAAUCUCUUUGCUGUCCUCCUUUUUCCUCCGUAGAGUGAAAGCGCUAAUGAGGAAGUCGGGGAGGGAGAGUACGUCAAUCUGUACUCAUCCAGCCAAGCCAACGGAGACGGGCCGCUCUCCUGCCGAGUAAGUAGCCUUAGCAGAGAGGCGGCAUGGGAGCGAGGAGAGAGCGGAGAGAGCGGUGUGCUUUCACAGACACGGUGCACCGUGACUGACAACGGACCUCACUAACUAACCCCGUUUGAACUCGACCUGACUUCUCAGGGUUCACCGUCUCUUCGACCGCUUGGCAUGCCCUGCUUCGCUAACUGCCCGUACAUUACCAUGGGUUCUCCUUUCCCAAACCCCUCCUACCACUGGACUGUCCCCAUGCCCUACUGUAAGGGCCUAUGUGUAGUUUUAGCUCAAAGGACACCAAAUUCACCUCCUGUCAUUGUCUGAAUUAGUUUUUUUUUUAUCACGUUCACAUACUUGACAUUUGGCCGUUAAGGACAUCAGUGGUUGUCCCCGACCAUUGGGUCAGGUCCAGAGCGUAGUAACUAAUUUCAACUGGAAGUAUUAAUGGUUUUGUGUUUAGUCCCAGUAUUUAACUUCUUCCAUCAAGCCUUUUAUCAGGGAAGAUAUAAUCCAAUAAAACGACUAAUCACCCAGUUUAUUUCUUCAGCCAUUCUCACUCAAAGUUCUCCCCACAUUAAAAGAAAAUUCUGGCCUCUUAGAGCAUCUCCUUUUGGGGUGGAGAUGGGUAUAUACAGUGCCUUCAGAAAGUAUUCACACCCCUUGACUUUUUCCACAUUCUGUUGUGUUACAGCCUGAAUUUAAAAUGGAUUAAAUUCUGAUUUUGUGUCACUGGUCUACACACAAUAGCCCAUAAUGUCAGAGUGGCAUUAUGUUUUUCCAAAUGUUUACAAAGUAAUUAAAAAGGAAAAUCUGAAAUGUCUUGAGUCAAUAAGUAGUCAACCCCUUUGUUAUGGCAAGCCUAAAUAAAUUCAGGAGUAAACAUUUUCUUAACAAGUCAAAUAAUACGCAAAAUGACCAGAAGUAUGUGGACACUUGCUCGUCGAACAUCUCAUUCCAAAACCAUGGGCAUUAAUAUGCCAGUCAAGUUCCACACCGAUCUCGACAAACCAUUUCUGUGUGGACCUCGCUUUGUGCAGAGGGGCAUUAUCAUGCUGAAACAGGAAAGGGCCUUCCCCAAACUGUUGCCACAAAGUUAGAAGCUCAGAAUCGUCUGGAAUGUCACUGCAUGCUGUAGCGUUAAGAUUUCCCUUCACUGGAACUAAGGGGCCUAGCCCGAACCAUGAAAAACAGUCUCAGACCAUAUUCCUCCUCCACCAAACUUUACAGUUGGCACUAUGCAUUCGGGCAGGUAGUGUUUUCCUGGCAUCCGCCAAACCCAUAUUUGUCCGUCGGACUGCCAGAUGGUGAAGCGUGAUUCAUCACUCCAGAGAACGCGUUUCCACUGCUCCAGAAUCCAAUGGCGGCGAGCUUUACACCACUCCAGCCGACACUUGGCAUUGCGCAUUGUGAUCUUAGGCUUGUGUGCGGCUGCUCGACCAUGGAAACCCAUUUCAUGAAGCUCCCAACUAACAGUUCUUGUGCUGACGUUGCUUACAGAGGCAGUUUGGAACUUGGUAGUGAGUGUUGCAACUGAGGACAGACUAUAUUUACACGCUUCAGCGGUCCUGUUCUGUGAGCUUGUGUGGCCUACCAUUUUGCGGCUGAGCUGUUGUUGCUCCUAGACGUUUCCACUACACAAUAACGUCACUUACAGUUGACCGGGGCAGCUCUAGCUCUCAGCUCUAGCAGGGCAGAACGAACUGACAUUGAAUAUCCGUUUGAUCAUGGUGAAGUUAUUAUUACAUUUUGGAUGGUGUAUCAGUACACCCAGUCACUACAAAGAUACAGGAGUCCUUCCUAACUCAGUUGCCAGAGAGGAAGGAAACUGCUCGGGGAUUUCACCAUGAGGCUAAUGGUUACAGAGUUUAAUGGCUGUGAUAGGAGAAAACUGAGGAUGGAUCAACAAUAUUGUAGUUACUCCACAAUAUUAACCUAAUUGACAGAGUGAAAAGAAGGAAGCCUGUACAGAAGAACAAAUAUUCAAAAACAUGCAUCCUGUUUGCAACAAGGCACUAAAGGAAUACUGCAAAAAAUGUAGCAAAGCAAUUAACUUUUGGUCCUGAGUACAAAGGGUUAUGUUUAGGAAAAAUCCAAUACACACAUUACUGAGUACCACUCUCCAUAUUUUCAAGCAUAGUGGUGGCUGCAUUAUGUUGUGGGUAUACUUGUAAUUGUUUAAGGACUGGGGAGUUUUUCAGGAUAAAAAAAGAAACAGAAUGGAGCUAAGCACAGGCAAAAUCCUAGAGGAAAACCUGGUUCAGUCUGCUCUCCACCAGACACUGGGAGAUGAGUUCACCUUUCAGCAGGACAAUAACCUAAAACACAAGGCCAAAUCUACACUGGAGUUGCUUACCAAGAAGACAGUGUUCCUGAGUAGCCGAGUUACAGUUUUGACUUAAAUCUACUUGAAAAUCUAUGUCUAGAUCAACCAAUUUGACAGAGCUUGAAUAAUUUUUAAAAGAAUUAUGGGCAGAUGUUGCAAAAUCCAGGUGUGGAAAGCUCUUAAGAGACUUGCCCAGAAAGACUCACAGCUGUAAUUGCUGCAAAAGGUUAUUUUAACAUGUAUUGACUCAGGGUUGAAUACUUAUCUAACAAAGAUAUAUUAGUGUUUUAUUUUUCAUACAUUUAUUGCAAAUGUUAGAAUUUUUCUUCCACUUUGACAAUACAGAGUAUUUUGUUUAGAUCAUUGACAAACAAAUACAAUUAAAUCCAUUUUAGUCCCACUUUGUAACACAACAAAAUGUGUAAAAAGUGCAGGGCUGUGAAUGCUUUCUGAAGGCACUGUAUAGAGCCCCACAGUGGUGUCAUAAUACCCAUAAAACUUAGCAGUCAAACAGGGAAAUGGUUCCAAUCUUUUUCCACCAUACAUUUUUCCCAUAGGGAAUUUAAGAAAAACUUGUAAAAAUGGCUGUGUUUCGUGUAAGCUUACCCUGGUGUGACGUUUAGAUAACCAUGUAAAUCUCUCUUGGCAUUUCAUUUUUGUGGGGUAAAUACAAGCGAAUAUAUUGAUAAAAGUCACCUUGUCCUAGAGAGAUUUACACAGUUAUCAAAACGUCAAGCCAGGGUAAGCCCACACAAAACAUUUAUUUUAAGUGUUUCUAAAAUCCCCUAAUGGAAAAACGAUUCGAACCAUUUCCCUGUUUGACCGCAAGGUUUUACAGGUAUUAUGACUGAGGUACUCUAUUACCUGUAUAUUUACUGUUACACUUGCACUAGAGAAGUAAGGCUGGAGUUAUGUGUGUAUGCAUACAGCAUUUGAUAAUGAUAGUGUGUGUGAACUGCCAUUACCUGUCUUACUCAAACCUGACUGAACAACUCACUGAAUACUAGGUUGCAACCUCCCAUGUCCUUAAACAACGUAACGUACAAUUACAUCUACCUUAACUAAGAAAGCAUUUUCACCUUUAACAUGACCUCCAGGUAAUGUUCAUUAGGCACCGAACAGAGGAACAUGUACUGAAACGAGGAUAGAAAUGUCCAAUGAGAAUCUCACAUUUUAGUUUUCCACUUCAAAACAUUUCAAAUAGUUUUCCAUCGCAUGCCCUAAUGAACAUGACCUCAGGCUGCUGGAUUUGGUGCGAGACCUGACCCUGUCCUAACCACGUUGUGUGUCAUUAGGACUCGUCCGCCAUAGAUGACUCGCUGGAGGACACUGCCUCAGAUAACCCACUGUGCAAUAACAAGGACAUGUGCAAUGACAGGUAAAUGCCCAUGCCAUGACAGACUGUCCCUUCUGUUAGUUCAUCAUUCUCCAUUGUUCCUACUCUCGAUUGACAAUAGGAAGGAUUCGACAAUUUGAACAAGUGAACCUAUAAUGAUUUUGAUGUUGUAUCUUAAAUCCCCUCCACCCCUCCCCUUUUCGUUAUAAUCUUUUUUUUUCUCUCUCAGCCGAAGGCAAAAGUCCUCAGAAGAAGGGCCGAGUAGCGAGGAGACGGAUGAGCUUUCCCUCAUCGAUCACAUGGAGAUCAUGUCCCGGAUAACACUGAAGCAAGAGGUAAAUGUGCUUCUUAGUUUCUACUAUUGAUGGUCAGUCCAUUUUACCUCGAGGCUCUUUCAGCUCAAGCCGUUUAAUCACAGGAGAUGCCUCUUUCUGAGGUACUUCAUAUGAAUCUACAAGAAGGAUACUCCUAAUACUAAAUAAGCCUCCACCCCAAAGCUGCUUACAGAGAGCCUGUCCUCUGCUACCCCCUGCCUCUGUAACUCAAUCUGUCUGUUACUGUGUAUGCGAUUACAAUCUCACAGUAGGAUAAGUAUGUGAUUAUCAGUGAAAAGCUAGAGUUGGCAUGGCAAGGUCAGACCAGCUUUAGUAGCACAUAUAUCUCCUUAUAGAUAACCCUCUCACGGCUAACAAGUCUGGCUUUUCCAAAAAUAUUUUUCUAUACUGUCGGUACGGUUUAGUCAGGAUAGUCACUCGUAGGGCUACACUGGGACUCAUCACGAGGUCAACACUUAGGCUAAUCCUCUCUCCCCGUACAACCUUUCAUCUGUCCAUGUGAUACCAGAGCGACGACGGUCCAGAUGUCCGAGCCGGAACGGGGGAUAUUUUAUUAGUCCACGCCACAGAAACAGACCGCAAAGGUAUUUAUGACCUCCGUAGCGCACGCGCACACACACACACAUCCCCCAGAGGAGACUACUACAUGCGGUCUGUGUCUGCUCAGUAGGGGCUGUUUCUCCCCAACCUCCUACUUCUAUACCUCAUACUUACUGGAGUCAACAGGACUGUAUGUCAUGCUUCUAUAUGCCAAUGUUUUUAUGUUUUCAUGAUUUCUCUCGUUGAUUUUGUGAUGAUUUUGUAUUACUGUCAAUAAUAAGGCUUUUUCCGUAUUAGACCCAGACUUUCCUUCCCUCAAAUGGAGCUCUGGACAAACGAGAGGAUAUUUAGUUAAUCUCCUGUGGGGUCUUCUUUUCCAGAUCUUGUCUUAUACUGUGAGGCUUUCCUGACAACAUACAGAACAUUUAUAACCCCCGAGGAUCUCAUCAAAAAGCUGCACUACAGAUAUCCUUUCCAUGCUUCACAUCUCACAUGUAGUCCAAGGGCCACCCACGAAAAAAGUUUUCAGAAAAGGCAUUCCGUAACCCAGGACUCUAAACUGCAAAGUUGCAACAUCAUUACGUAGAUCAUUUUAUGAAUAUGAACACUGUGUGGUUCAAAACGUGUAAAAGUUGCACAUUAAUUAAAUAUUAUAAAUCAAAGGUACAAUUUCCAAAGUCAUAGCGCAUUUUGGGUAAUUUCCCCUAGCAUGAGGUUGCCAUGUUACACCUUGGUUACAAUUGUUACACACGUUCCGUUGUCCAUGCUUUCAGAAAGCGACGUAUGUACUGGACCGGAGAAAUCCAGAAAUAAUACGCGAUAAGCUGUUGAAAGGUGGUAAAUGGAUUUUUCCCAGAUGUUAGAACAACGCUUUAUGUAACUGUCAGGACCUUGAAUGUUUUGAGAGCUGUGUUACCUAGCAAAAGUUGUGCUGUCUUUAGUUUGGCUAGCAGUCUAAAGCAAUGAUGGCCCUUGUAGGCUAAAUACAGAUGCCAAAACAUCUUAUAUUAACUAAGAAAACCACUUAAAACAUAUUUCCUUGUUUCGGGGUUCAUCUGGAUCAGUGAAGGACCAGGUAACAUGUUGCUUGACCUUAUGCAAGGAUGAACACACAAAUAGUUUUGUGUUCUGUGCGCCAGUGUGCAACAAGUAACCGAGGUGAAACAGAGCAACGUCAGAAACGUUUCUAGGGAAAUUAUCCAAGAUCCGCUAUGAUUUCGAUGCAAAAAAUCGUAACUUUUAUAAAAAAUAACAAAUUAAUGUGCAACUUUUACAAGUUUUGAACCACAGCAUUCAUAUUCAUAACAAUAUCUACGUAAUGUUGUUGAAAUUUUGCCGUUUCGUUUUCUGGGUCACGGAGAAACACAUUUUUGAUGGGUUGCCCUUGGACUAAUGUGGACAAAAAGAGAUUCCUUCAACAAAGCCUGCUUGGUUGAGACAAUAGGGAAUGGGAAGCAAAAUCCCUACGAUAGACGUUAACACUCUGAAUACUGUAACAUUGGAGACCGUUUGUUUCGCUUAACCCCUCCACACAUACACCAGAUUUAGUCACAGCCCAGACACCUUCAAGAAGAGAGUCAGCAAAAACACCUUCUUCGUUCUGGUCCGUGUGGUGGACGAGCUGUGGUGAGUUCCCUAGGCUGUCAUUUGACUAGAAACAUGUCUAUCAAAAACCUGCACUCUGCAAAGACCAUUUUUCAUGUCCUACAAUGUCAGUGCAGACUUAAACGAUUCUUAUUUGCAUUUCCUUUUGCGAAAGGGGGGAGGGGUUAACUAAUCAUGAUUCAUUUUCAAUUAAACGCCUCCUUGUGUCUUUUUCCUGUCUUUUUUCUCUUUCACCACCCUCAUCCCCUCGGCUUUGGAACUGUGUGUGUGUGUGUGUCAGUCUGGUGGAGAUGACGGAGGAUAUUCUGAAGCAGCUGAUGGACUUGGUGUUCAGGCUGGUGUGUAACGGUGAGCUGAGCCUGGCCCGCGUGCUCCGCAAGAACAUCCUGGACAAGGUGGAGCAGAGGAAGUUGCUGCGCUACACCCACUCCCUCAGACCACUGGCCGCGCGAGGUGUCGCUGCCAGGUAGGCCCGCCCACACACAAUUAGUGAACGAGAAUACCGUGACGGCUAAAACCUCACAUUUCCUAUUGUUUCAGAGAUGUUACCAUUUGCAAACGCAUUUGGAAAUGUUCAGCUCCGCAACAGUAACGGAAUUCUUUGUUGUUUUCUGAACACCAAUGUAUCACAGUGUCUAGUUCUAACUCUGGCCAUAUUUACUUUUUUCAUUCCCCCCUGUGUGCGACUUUAGACCGGGGACCCUGCAUGAUUUCCGCAGUCACGAGAUUGCUGACCAGCUAACUCUCCUGGACGCAGAGCUCUUCUACAAAAUUGAGGUAGCGCAUCCAAGUCUUUCUCCUCCUGCAAAUGCUGCCCCCUCCCUAAAAAGUCCUUAUUUGUGUGACUCUGUUACCCUCUGCACAGAUCCCUGAGGUGUUGCUUUGGGCUAAGGAGCAAAAUGAGGAGAAGAGUCCCAACCUCACACAAUUCACAGAGCACUUUAACAACAUGUCCUACUGGUAAGCCUGCGCCCCACAUCUUCUCUUACUCACCACCGUGCUUCACUGCUGAAGCAGGCAGGUCCGGAGAACGUGAUUGACAAACUGAUGCAUCUCUCCUCCUUCGUGUCUCCCUCAGGGUACGCUCCAUAAUCAUUCUGCAGGAGAAAGCCCAGGACCGAGAAAAGCUCCUCCUUAAAUUCAUCAAAAUAAUGAAGGUACGCCUGUUUUGA